AUGGCAGUGGAUACUAGAGCCACGGGCGACGUCUCUCGAUACGAUUACAAUCCAUCACUAGCAUUGGCCAUUGUUGCUGCUGUUCUCUACAGUAUCGCUUUUGUUUUGACUUUCAUCCAAUGGAUCCGAUACAAGGCGUGGGUGUGGGUGGUGAUGGUCCUUGCUUCUGCAAUGGAGGCGGUUGGCUACAUCGCCCGAUGCAUUUCCGUCCAGCAUGUGACCAAGAAGCCCGUCUACGUCCUACAGUUCUCUCUCGUCAUCCUGGCUCCAGUACUCAUGGCAGCCUGCUGCUACAUCCUAUUCAGUCGCAUCCUAUUUCUGAUAGUUCCCUGCGAGGAACGCACCUUCCGACUCUGCUGGGUCCCCCCGCGAUGGAUUACUCCGAUCUUCGUUGGUUUUGAUGUUGUUGCGCUCCUUCUCCAACUGGUUGGAGCUGUGAUGGUAGCUUCCGUCAAUCCCGGUGACAAUGAUUCGGCGAAUAAGCUCAACCGGGGCAAGCACAUUGCCCAAGGGGGUCUCGUUAUCCAACUAGCGGCGUUUGGCUUCUUCUCGGUGGCUGCCGUUCGCUUCAACUUUACCUCUAAACGGUUCUCAAAGAGUAUUCAUGAACGCUACGAAAGCUUUGGAGAGAAACAGUAUGUGAUUGAUGGGAUUCCGAAGGACAAGCACUGGCCAGCCUUGCUACGGGUUGUGAAUCUCACCACACUCUUGAUCUUGGUCCGUUCAAUCUAUCGUCUUGUCGAAUUCACUCAGGGUGCAACAGGAUAUCUCAACAGUCACGAGUGGGCCAUGUACGUCUUUGACGCAUUGGUAAUUUACCCCUGCGUCGCCCUUUUCGUCUACUGGCAUCCGGGGAGGUAUUUGCCCUACAUGGGAUUCCGGACGCCCAAGCAAGCUCGCUAG